GUUUUGGAAUUUCUGGGACGCGGUACAUUCGGUCAGGUGGUCAAGUGUUGGAAAAAAGGCACCAAUGAAAUCGUAGCGAUUAAAAUUUUGAAAAAUCAUCCCUCGUAUGCUCGUCAAGGACAAAUUGAAGUUCAAAUAUUGAAGCAGUUAAGUCAAGAAAAUGCGGACGAUUACAACUUCGUGCGAACCUACGAAUAUUUUCAGCAUCAAAAUCAUGCGUGUCUUGUGUUUGAGAUGUUGGAACAGAAUUUAUAUGAUUUUCUCAAACAGAAUAAGUUUCAGCCAUUACCGUUGAAAUAUAUCCGUCCUGUCACACAACAGGUGUUGACAGCUUUACUUAAACUAAAGGAUCUAGGAUUAAUUCACGCUGAUUUGAAACCUGAAAAUAUUAUGUUGGUGGACCCUGUACGAUUUCCGUAUCGUGUUAAAGUGAUUGAUUUCGGAUCGGCUAGUCAAGUGACGAAGGCUGUUCCAUCAACUUAUCUACAAUCUAGAUAUUACAGAGCUCCGGAGAUAUUAUUAGGUUUACCGUUUUGUGAGGCAAUAGAUAUGUGGUCAUUAGGCUGUGUUAUAGCAGAACUCUUCCUGGGUUGGCCUUUAUAUCCAGGUUCUUCAGAAUAUGACCAGAUUCGUUAUAUUUCUCAAACACAAGGCCUACCAGCAGAACAUAUGUUGAGUUCUGCCACCAAAACUUCCCGAUUUUUCAUGCGAGAUAAUACAGAUACAAGUUAUCCUUUCUGGAGGUUAAAGUCACCAGAAGAACAUGAAGCUGAAACUAAAAUUAAAUCAAAAGAAGCCAGAAAAUAUAUUUUUAAUUGUUUAGACGACAUAGGACAGAUUAAUGUGCCAACUGAUCUAGAGGGUAGUGAAUUAUUAGCGGAGAAGGUUGAUAGGAGAGAGUUUAUAGAUUUAUUAAAGAGAAUGUUGAUAUUGGACCAGGAGCGACGUAUACUACCAAUAGAUGCUCUUAAUCAUCCUCUUAUUUCAAUGAAACAUUUAAUGGAUUACCCACAUUGUAACAUAACGAAACAGAGCGUCCAAUCAAUGGAGAUCUGUCGUAGGCCCCGUCAGUCCAGUGUGUAUGAUGUUAAUCAGAAUAGUAAUGGUAUGAUGACUAAUGUUGUACCGUCAAGUAACGGCAACUUUACUGUUACUUUUAACAACCAAAUUAACGCUCUU